AUGGCCGGGUUGGAUGUGUCCCAGUUGAAGCUACCAGACAUUGACUUUCUGAACCCCUCGAAAGGCAUACAAUGCUAUACCUACAACUGUGUCUCUGGAUGUUCGAUCGAGCUCUCUGUUCCUGGAAAACCGCCACUGAUCAAAUCGGGCAUGAAGCGGUUCACGAUUGACCAUCUCGAGCUCGAGCGCAAGGACACGACUCCGCCCUAUUUCAACGGCAUCUUUCGUUGUCGGGUUCUGCAAAAUGGCCGUGAAGUCUUCAACAAAUGGGUCGAGAUCAACGCCAUCACUGGAACACUGGGCCAGGGGACCAUGACGACCCUGGUCGACCAGACCUCGUUGAUCAGCAACGACAUUUGUGUGACGCACUGUUUCUACGAUGCGCCUCACAAGGGCAACAUCGCCGGCCUUCCGUACUGGGAUCAGUUCUAUGUAACGGUCAGUCCGAAUAUCUCGGCAUGGAUGUCCACCAUUGCACCGUUGGGGUCCGUAGCUGCGGCGAAGCCCUUCAGGCGCCUUGUUCUGCCGGCCGCGCACGAUGUCGGCAUGAACAGCUUGCACACUUCAGAUAUAUUGUUCCAGAGAUUCGGAGCAGCGUUUGCAAGGGUGGUCGAGUCAAUUGCGCCCGCAGGCAAAGAUCUGCAGAUAGCAGACAUCCUCAAAGGCCCUCUGAUACCCAACGUGAUCCAGAGCUCUUCGAUCACGCAGAAGGACGAGCUACAGUCCAUGCUGGCCAUCGGGGCGCGCUACUUCGAAUUCCGACCAGCUUACUUACACCAAGCGUUUCGUGGACUGCCACAGCUUCAGGACAUGAAGGACAAAUUGUUCUUCAUGCAUGGCCCGAUCCCGGGGAUGGGGUACAACGACUUUCUGGACGACUGCGUCGCCUUCCUCGUGCGCAAUCCGGGAGAAAUCGUGGUGGUCCACCUCCGCUGGGACGGUGUGCCGGCCGAGUGCGCCCGUCCUACGCCCGACGACCUCAACCGCCAUCUGAGUGAAGCGCUCAAGGCAGCUCAGGGCGGCGCGCUCCAAAUCGGCCACCUCCAAGAAAUGACCUCACAGACCAUCGACGAACUACGAAGAACGCAAAGGCGACUGCUGGUGAUCCAGAACGUCGACAACUAUAACAUCUACUCGGACCAGGCCAACGCCACACUGAACGGGGACUCGAUCAUCGCGCAGUUCAACAACAUUUCCACCGCCCAACAGGACGGCAAGGCGUUUACCAACAUCCAGUGUCAAGCCACCGCGACGAAUCUCGGGCUGAAGAUCUGGUUCUCGGCCAUUGCGGCGACGGCGUCGAAUUCGUGGUUGCUCGCCACCAAGGCCAUCUGUGACAGUAAGACGAUGCCAUGGGUCAAGGACAAGGCGCUGGAGAAGCUGCCGCAAGAUCAACUGCUUGUGCUGAUGGAUGACUUUGUCGACGGCGGCAUGUGUGAUGUGGCCUUGGACCUGAGCAUGCAGCGGUUGAAGAAGCCUUGA